AUGGCAAACUUGACAUCAGACUUAAAUUUAUAUAGCAUUCAGAUGAAAAAUAUGACCGAAGUCACUAUGUUUAUAUUGAUGGGCUUCACAAAUAAUUUUGAGGUACAAGUCUUUUUGUUCUUACUAUUUCUAGAAAUCUAUCUUUUUACUCUCAUAGGAAAUUUGGGAAUGGUUUUCUUGGUUACUAGGGAUUCUCGGCUCCACAACCCCAUGUACUAUUUUAUUAGUGUAUUAUCCUUCUUGGAUGCUUGUUAUUCUUCAGUUGUCACCCCAAAGAUGUUGGUCAAUUUCCUGAAAGAAAAUAAAGCCAUUUCCUAUCUCGGCUGUGUAGCACAAAUGUUUCUCUUUGUUACUUUUGGGACCACAGAAUGCUUCCUCUUGGCUGCAAUGGCAUAUGACCGCUAUGUAGCAAUUUAUAACCCUCUCCUGUAUUCUGUCAGCAUGUCACCCAGGGUCUAUGUGUCACUCAUCAUUGCUUCCUAUGUUGGUGGCAUUCUGCAUGCUUCCAUACACACAGCGGCCACCUUUAGCCUUUCCUUCUGUGCAUCCAAUAAAAUUAGACAUGUCUUUUGUGACAUCCCUCCUCUCCUUGCCAUUGCUUGUUCUGACACACACACAAACCAGCUUCUACUCUUUUACUUUGUGGGCUCUAUUGAGAUCGUCACCAUCCUGAUUGUCCUGAUCUCCUAUGGUUUUAUCCUGUUGGCCAUUCUGAGGAUGCAUUCUGCUGAAGGGAGGAGAAAAGUCUUCUCUACAUGUGGCUCUCACCUAACUGGAGUGUCAAUUUAUCAUGGAACCAUCCUCUUCAUGUAUGUGAGACCGAGUUCCAGCUAUGCUUUGGACCAUGACAUGAUAGUGUCAACAUUUUACACCAUUGUGAUUCCCAUGCUGAAUCCCAUCAUCUACAGUUUGAGGAACAGAGAUGUGAAAGAGGCAAUGAAAAGAGUGUGGAAAAAUGUCAUCCAUUUGCUUCCUACUUAA